CGGCACUUGCCCCUCCCCUCCCGGUGCGGAUGGCCGAAACCGGCGAUCAUGGUCGUCACCUGCUUUCCUAGCCAAGGUUCCGCUGCCCUGGCAGGGUUGCUGUUCUUGUCCUUCGGCAGCUGGGCCUCUAGUCAGAUCGAGGAUCAAGCAGAACAGUUCUUUAGAAGUGGCCAUACAAACAACUGGGCAGUUUUGGGGCAAGAACAUUUAUGCUAUCCUCAAAACUGUCUUAUACCCUUUAUCAAAAGAGUCACGUGGUACGAGGUGUGUACAUCACGAUUCUGGUUUAAUUAUCGGCAUGUUGCAAAUACUCUUUCUGUUUAUAGAAGUGUCAAGAGGCUAGGUAUUCCUGACAGUCACAUUGUUCUGAUGCUUGCAGAUGAUAUGGCGUGCAACCCUAGAAAUCCCAAGCCAGCUACAGUGUUUAGUCACAAGAAUAUGGAACUCAAUGUGUAUGGAGAUGAUGUGGAAGUGGAUUAUAGAAGUUAUGAGGUAACUGUGGAGAAUUUUUUACGGGUAUUAACUGGGAGGAUCCCACCUAGUACUCCUCGAUCAAAACGACUUCUUUCUGAUGAUAGGAGCAAUAUUCUUAUUUAUAUGACAGGACAUGGUGGAAAUGGCUUCUUGAAAUUCCAAGAUUCUGAAGAAAUUACCAACAUAGAACUUGCAGAUGCCUUUGAACAAAUGUGGCAGAAAAGACGCUACAAUGAGCUACUGUUUAUUAUUGAUACUUGCCAAGGAGCAUCCAUGUAUGAACGAUUUUAUUCUCCUAACAUAAUGGCUUUAGCUAGUAGCCAAGUGGGAGAAGAUUCACUCUCGCACCAACCGGAUCCUGCAAUUGGAGUCCACCUUAUGGAUAGAUACACAUUUUAUGUCUUGGAAUUUUUGGAAGAAAUUAAUCCAGCCAGCCAAACUAAUAUGAAUGACCUUUUUCAGGUAUGUCCCAAAAGUCUGUGCGUGUCUACUCCUGGACAUCGCACUGAUCUUUUUCAGAGGGAUCCUAAAAAUGUUCUGAUAACUGAUUUCUUUGGAAGUGUACGGAAAGUGGAAAUUACAACAGAGACUAUUAGUUUGCAACGCGAUUCAGGAAUCACGGAAAGCAGCUAUACGGAAGACCAAAUGGAUGAGGAACUAAUGGAACCUCUGAAAUAUGCUGAACAACUUCCUGUAGCUCAGAUAAUACACCAGAAACCAAAGCUGAAAGAUUGGCAUCCUCCUGGGGGUUUUAUUCUUGGACUGUGGGCACUCAUUAUCAUGGUUUUCUUCAAAACCUAUGGAAUCAAACAUAUGAAGUUCAUUUUCUAGAUGUGAUGAAAUAUGAAAAAGGCUGCAUGGAAGACUACAACCUCACAUACAAAUUUAUGUCAUUCUAUCUUUUUAAAAAUACAUUACUCUUGUGUUAAUUGAGCAAGAAGUAUAAGAAAACUGUAAAUUUGAGUGAACUAUUGAUUUUAUACCUUAAAGGAAAAAUAACUGUUAGUGCAAAUCACACUGAAUAUAUUUGUUUUUCAUUUUGUGUGUUAUUAAAAAAUGGGGCAAAGAGAUCAGAAUAUAAUCAUAGACUCUUGAAAAGAACAAUUUCCCCUUAUCCUUUAAUGUAGAAAAAAAAAUGAAGACAUUAAAUUCUCAUCAGCAGAGGCAACUUCUGUUAGUAAUUUUUUGUAUAAUCUCCCAGUCUUUUUUUCCCAUGUACAUGCAUUUCUUUUCCAAAAAUAACAUCAUAUAGAACAUACCAUUUUUUUUAACCUCACUUUUCAUUUUACCAUAUUUAAUCAACCCUUUCCCUCUCCUUGGAUAUUCUUUAAGAACACAUUGUGAAUGGCCACAUAGUAUCCAUUUUAUGAAUACACAGUAAUUUAUUUAAUAUUCUUCUAUUGUUGGACCUCCUGCCUUGUUCCAAAAAUUCUGCCUUGGUUCAUUCUUUAAUGUGAUAAUAUUUUACUGUCAGCCAUUCUUGAAAUUCUGCAGCUUAAAUUAUAAGUAAAUAUGAGAAAUCAGUUUCUUAAUCUAUGGUACUGAUAGUCUCCAUCCAGGACCUUAUUUGCUGGCAGUUUAUCUGAAAAUUUAAGUUCUUGGGAAUUUCCUAUAUAGACUGCUGAAGAGAAGUAGCCCCAUUGUUUGUCAUUUCAAAGCAUUCUGUGAUCCUUUAGAAUUGAACACUUUCUCUUCAAUUUCCAUGUUGAAAGUGACAUUGUUUCAUUUCAUUUAAGGUAAACCUUGCCCACUGGCUGGAUCUACUCUUUUCCUGAGGCAGUCCCAUAAAGUGGUUGGACUGUAUAGAAAAUUUACAUUAAUGGCCCUGUCUUUGUGUCUGACUCAUAUAUCAUGUAAGGCAGAAAUGAUUGCCUUUUUUAGUCUCUGAGAAGAUGCAAGAGCUCAUAUCCCCAUCACUGGAUUUUUUAGCUUAUCAACCAUCUUCAUAUCUUUUGCAUAACUGGAAAUACUGAGAUUGUGCUUUGCUAUCAGCCCCAGAUACUGUUUUUUUCACAUAGGCCGGAGAAAACCCCCUGAAAGUUGAGUAUUCAUAUCCCAGAGAUGCCUUUCUCUAUUUGUCUGUUUUAUCCAAGAACUUACUGUUAAUUGUUAUUCAUUACAAAGAUCUGCUUUGUAAUUGUAGGUAACACUAAAAAGACAGCUCUUCCUCCACAAUAAAACCUCCCAAAAUUAGUAUUCCUUAGGAUUUGUUUUCCUUUUAGUACUUAAAAUAUUACCCUUUAAUUACAUGCAACAUGGUUAUGCCUUUCACAGGCAAAGAAUAAACUGUGUUAUCUUCCAGGUAGAACAGAUGAUACUGAGGCUUUUUGCCAGCUCCGCAUCUUCAUUUUAAUUGAUCUUUUUAUUGGUGCACUAGGUAAAUGAAGAAGGAGAAUUUUUAUCUGAUUAUAUGGAGAAGGAUCCUUUUGUACAUAGAAAGGAGGAAAAUAAACUUAAAUAUGAAUACCCAGAUCAUAUAAUGCUAAGAGACAAAAAUCGUUGACCUUGUCACCCUCCAAGCACACAAGGUCAUGAACACUGUGGUAGGGUGGAACUACUUAAUGUGGUAAAGGAAAUACGGUUGUUCUUGAGCCAAAGGAAUUUAGUUUGAGUAUAAUGAAACAUAUCUUGAAGGUUAAGACUGCUGGAAGGUAAAAGGACUCCUCUUCAGAGGUUGUAGAAGGAGCCCUUCUUAGUUAAAACCAAGCUGGGGAAAGUAAUACUGGGUAUAAGAUACAGGAUUAACUUUGUCCAGGCAAAGUUUCAGAGUGGAGUUAUUUCUGUUUCAUUAUUUUCAGGAUAUAAAGCAAAAAACUUAAAAUAUGUUAAAUGUUCACCUUGUUACCAUUUUUUUUUUACAUGAAGUGUAUUCUGCCUUCAAUAAUAAAUCCUCUGCAUGUGGUAA